UCUUUCUGCUGCUCCCCCUCCUCAUCCUACUCCUCCUCCUCCUCUUCCUCAGCAGCUACUGCAGCAGCAGCCCGGUGCCUCCUGGAUGGAUACAUGAAGAAAUCCCCACCGCACGGCCACCAUCCCCGCCACAAUGGGCCGCAAGCCUUUCACUGCGUUGUCGUGUUGAUAUCGAGAUAUUUCAGUUAUCAAAUAUGAAUCAUGCAUUUGAUAUUUCUGGCCACUUUGCUCGUCAGCAUCCUUUCGCCCUGGCUUCAUCCAUCACUAGCGUCAUCCGUUUCUCCUGGAGUGGAGGACAAGGUUGAUCUGGAUGCAGUGGCAGCACUGCUGAAGCAACAGGCAACUGCAGCACCUGCCACAGACAACACAACACACCAUGCAGUAGAGCAUGAGAUCACCUACCCCUCCCGCUUAAUUUACUACCUAAACGAGGACUCGGAGAGUACGUACCAUGACCUGGACACGAGAGUCAAGAACCAGGCCACAGAGGGCCAGACUAUCCACCUUGCCCAGGCCAGUUUCCAGUUAGAAGCAUUUGGCUCCAGAUUUGUCCUGGAUCUCAGGUUAAACAAUGGCUUGCUGUCUUCAGAUUAUGUCGAGAUCCAUUAUGAAGGGGGCAAACCCGUUCUUUCAAAGGGCGGUGAGCACUGUUACUACCAUGGCCAGGUGAGAGGGAACGAUAAUUCCCAUGUGGCCUUAUCUACGUGCAACGGGCUGCACGGGAUGUUUGACGAUGGAGUCUAUGUCUAUCUAAUCGAGCCUUUAGAACAGACUCAUUCAAUCGAUACAGCUGCAAGGCCACACAGACUAAGACGAGCAGCCUCCCUUCAUUGGAACAAUGAUCCAGAGGAACAGGUGGAGGAGGGGCAGCUCUUCCCAGGGCUGGAUGACUUGUCCUGGCUGAAGCGCAGGAAAAAGAGAGCUAUGCCUCGCAAUGUGUUCGAGGAGACGAAAUAUUUAGAGAUCAUGAUUGUCAGUGAUCACAGUAUGUACAAACGACACAGGACGAAGCAGCACACGAGGAAUUUUGCAAAGUCGGUGGUGAACCUCGUGGAUGCUAUCUUCAAAGAGCAGCUACAUACACGCGUGGUGCUUGUUGCUGUGGAGAUCUGGACGGACAAGGAUCAGAUCCCCGUCACUGUGAGGCCGCUGGAAAUGCUGCGAGACUUCGCCAAGUACCGGCAGCAGAGCAUCAAGCAGCACGCAGACGCAGUUCACCUCUUCUCAAACGUGACCUUCCAUUAUCGCAGAAGCAGCGCGGCGUACUUCGGGGGCACGUGCUCUCUGAGCCGCGGGGUCGGAGUCAAUGAGUACGGCACCACCGGGUCCAUGGCCGUGUCUCUGUGCCAAAGUCUGUCACAGAAUCUUGGAAUCCAGUGGGACCCAGCAUCUAAGAGAAAGGAAUGUGGUUGUUCUGACCCAUGGACUGGCUGCAUAAUGGAGGACACUGGGGUCCAACAUCCACGGAGAUUCUCCAAAUGCAGCAUCUCGGACUACAAGGAGUUCCUCCUGAAAGGUGGCGGCUCUUGUCUGUUUAACAGGCCAACCAAGCUGUUCGAGACAACCGAGUGCGGGAAUGGAUUUGUAGAAGUGGGAGAGGAGUGUGACUGCGGAGGCAGAGCUGAGUGCUACAAGGAAUGCUGCAAGAAAUGUUCCCUUGCCAACGGGGCACACUGCAGCGAUGGCCCGUGCUGCAAUAACACAUGUUUGUUAUAUCCACGAGGUUACAGUUGUCGCUACGCUGUGAACGACUGUGAUAUCUCAGAGACCUGCUCUGGAGACUCCGGACAGUGCCCUCUCAACCUUCAUAAACAAGAUGGCUACCAGUGCCAGAUGGACCAGGGUCGCUGCUACAGUGGAGAGUGCAAGACCAGAGAGAGCCAGUGUAAAUACAUCUGGGGGUCAAAGGCUGGAGGUUCAGUGAAGUUCUGCUAUGAGAAGCUCAACACAGAAGGCACAGAGAAGGGCAACUGCGGAAGAGACGGAGAGAAGUGGGUCCAGUGUAGCAAACACGACGUUUUCUGUGGUUACCUUUUGUGUACCAACACUGGCCGUAAUCCACGUAUUGGAGUAAUAAAAGGAGAGAUAACCACCACCUUCUUCAACUAUAAAAAUGGACAGAUAGAUUGCAGUGGUGGCCAUGUCCUCCUAGACGAUGACACCGAUUUAGGCUAUGUAGACGAUGGGACUCCCUGCGGGCCGUCAAUGAUGUGCCUUGACCGCAAGUGUCUGCCCAUCCAGUCACUCAACAUGAGCACCUGCCCCAGCGGACCUAAUGGUCAGGUGUGCUCUGCCCAUGGGGUGUGCAACAAUGAAGCCACAUGCACCUGUGACGCCACAUGGGCAGGGACAGACUGUAGCAUGCCUGACCCACCUAAAGAGCCUGAGGCCACUCAGGACGAAGGGCCCAAGGGUCCUAGUGCCACCAAUCUAAUAAUAGGCUCCAUCGCCGGAGCCAUCCUUGUGGCUGCCAUAGUGCUGGGGGGGACUGGAUGGGGCUUUAAAAAUGUGAAGAAGCGGCGAUACGACCCCAACGCCUCAGCCAUUUAACCCAGGGAGAGACGGCAAUCACCGAUGGACUCCUCCAAGGCUUCCUUAGUUGGCUACCUGACAGCUGGACUGCACUUAUUGCUGCUGAUCUUUUUGGCAUUAGAUUUACUUGAAAAAAGACAUAGUGGACGUUUUACCAAUUUCCAUUGUAGUUACAUAAGAAAUGCAACCUUUUCAGUAUCAUCUCACACAUAUACCAACCCCCACCACCCCACACACCCUGAUCUCUAGAGUGACAGUGCUCCUCUUCCAUAUUUUAGUGCCAGUGCACAGGCGUUCAGGCGGAAUCCACACCACUCUCUCACCUGGCAUGAUUAUCCACACCAAACGUGCUGCUUGCUGGCCCCCUGGCAUGAAGAGUCCUCCCUACAGGGCUCUGCAUGGCUCUCAAAGCUAUACUAUACUGCAAAAGCAUACACACAGGGAAAAAAAAAAAGAAAAAGAAUUAUCCAGUAGAGGAGAUAGCCUCUUUAAAAAACCAAACCCAGCGGAAAACAGGUUGAACCUCCUUUAGUUCACUCAAAGGUGCUGCAUGUGAGUUAUCCAUAGAGGCAGUGCAGACCACAGAGUGAAUGCACACACGCGCGCGCGCACACACACACAAAAAUGUACAUAAAUAAGGAGUUCAUGUUUAGAAUUAUCAGCAUAUUUUAAAAGAACAUCCGUUUGCUUUUGUUUUUUUAUCUUCGCAUGUUGAAUCGCAGGUGUUUUUGGCAAUGUUACUCACAACAAACAAACAAACAAACAAAAAAACUACAGUUACGAUUUGGGCCUAAAUUGAAGUCGCACACUGCACAUCGCCUGCUGCGAUUGCUUCAAGGUUUAGAUUCACUUAAAAGCAGUUGUGAUGUCCAGGAGAAGCAUGUCAGUUCUAGAGGGAUUUAGACUGAGGUCGUGUCAGCCUAACAUCACCAGAUUUCCUCCCCCCUCCAGGAUUCUUCAACAGUUACUCAAAAGCCAAAGAACCAAUCACCUGAACGUAUGGAUGUUGUUGCACACGGAGCACUUUCCCCCUCUGUCUGCAGCCAGUGGUGCCUGUCCUACUGCUGAGGGCAUGAAGUCUGUCCAUGCAGGUGCUCACCUGUCUAGACAGCUCUUACUUAACAGUCCCUCAUAUCACCACCCACUAUACUGGCUUAGCCUUUUUGCUCUCAUACACUCUUUAAUAGAAAUCAAGAUCAGCUCUACCGGUAACGCUGCAUGCAAUCACUUAUAGUGGGCUUAUAAUUCUAUAUGGGAGUCCCCCGAAAUCCGCAACAGAAAUAUGCUACAAAAGAUAGGUGCAUGUCAACUACAGAAAAAACAACAAAAAAAAAAACAUUUAUCUUUUAUUUACUAUGCAAAGAGAGAUAUUGCACAAAAGUAUGGGUAAUAAUGAUGAUAUCAAUAUAGACAUGAAUUUACAAAAACGUCUGCUAAUUAGCUGAUCUUUUGUAUCUGGCCACUCCCACAUCUUGUUUCAUUUCGCUUCUCCAUUCUCAAACUACGAGCAAGUAAAAAUAACGAUAACAAUAAUAAUAAUAAUAAUAAUAAUUUAACAAAAAAAAAGAAAAAAGUACUGAAUAUUGACAAUGAAAAACAAGAGAGCACCCUUUUACAUUUGUGGAACUGAAAAAAGACAAAAACAUUUUUGUGUGUUUUCCAUUCAGUCUGAUGUUUUUAAUCACACACAUGUACACAGACGCACACAUGCACACAAACACUGUAUGGUGCCUGUACGUAAUGAGGCCUGAACAGUUUCCUUGUGCAGGGCUAUUAUUUCCAGUCCAGCUGACAGUUGGUGUGUUCCAGGUGCUGCCAUAGCACUGGCAUCAAUGUAAACCUCCAUGUUACUCAUCGUCUGGUGUCCCUCUCUCACUGCAUCAUGUACAGUUGGACCGAUGAAUAAACUACUGACAAAUUUUA